CUUAUAUAUACAAGAAAGAAGAACAUCAUAAGAGUGAGGUGAUUCUGGUGCCGUGUGUGUAGGAAAAACGCAGGAUCAAUCUCCAUUGCCGUUAGACUGUUGAUUGGAUCGACUAGGAGAGACGAAAGAUGGGGGGAAAGGGAAGAUCACCAUGUUGUGAUAAGGAGAAAGUGAAGAGGGGUCCUUGGAGCCCUGCUGAAGACUUGAGGCUCAUUACUUUCAUUCAGAAAAAUGGCCAUGAUAACUGGAGGGCUCUCCCUAAGCGAGCAGGUUUGCUGAGAUGUGGUAAAAGUUGCCGUUUGAGAUGGAUUAAUUACCUUAGGCCUGAUGUGAAGCGAGGGAACUUCACUAUUGAGGAAGAGGAGUCCAUAAUCAGGCUACAUGAAGCCUUGGGAAACAAGUGGUCAAAAAUUGCAGCACAUUUUCCUGGAAGAACGGACAAUGAGAUUAAGAAUGUGUGGAACACUCAUCUAAAGAAAAGAUUGGGUUGCCAAAAUUUACCAUCCUCUUCCUCGUCAUCUUCUUCUACUACUAGUACUACAUUAUUGUCUGGUGGAAAACCAAGUGUAGGAGGAGGGGAAGAACUAAUUGAGCAUCAAUCUGCUGAAGAAACUAGCAUGGCCACCAACAACAAACCUCAUGAACGAUGCAGUUUGACAAUUCAAGAAAACCCUAAUCAUCAUGAUUCUCCAAUGGAAUUAACAAAUGAUCCCAAGGAGUUAACAGGGUUGACCACUUCUUCUAAUGUUUCUUCUAAUGAAUCCAAUGGCUCAAGUAGUUCCAGCCAAGUUGCUGGUAUGUCAAGGCCAGGUGCAGAAGAGCAGCAAAUGGAUGAUUCAAACGACUUUUCAGGAAUUUUUGAUUUUCCAUUUGAGUCUGACUCUGAUUUUUGGGACAUGUUCAAUGACUUUGAGCCACUCCAGUCAAAUUUAGUCCAAGUACUUCAUGAGGCUGAUGAGGCUAAUUGCCAGAGAUCGGGCUUGGGACAAGUGGAAAAUGGGAAGUGGCUUAGUUACUUGGAAAGUGAACUUGGACUUGAAGUAACACCAACGGAGAGUGAGAAAAAUAACCAGGAGAUUUUACCGAAGUAUGCAAGUGAACAACAAGUCUUCCCAGAGGCUUUUGACAAAAUGCCAAAUCCUACAGAAGCUGACGAGAGCAUGGAUUACUUUAAUUCAAACGUGGCCUUCGCCACACAACAAUUCCUCCAUUCAAAUUAGUGAGAUUAAUAUCGAUGUCAUCCUAACUGCAGUUUUAAAUUUACAAAUAGGGUCUUGCUUAUGUUAUGAUGGAAUCUUUGAUGUAAUUUUUCAGAGUUUAUGUCAAAACACAGUGUAGGUUGAACAAUUAAACAUCAUCAAUA